AUUACUAGUAUCGUUUCUCUGUUCCUAAAGGAUAGUUUAUGAUGAUGCUGUACCUUGUUCUCUCAUUGGUGGCUAUUGCCAGCGCUAAGAUAGUGCCAUCAUUAGAUCCACUAUCACAAGAGUCAAUUGAUUACAUCAACUAUGAAUUGAAACCAACAUGGAAGGCAGGGAAAAACUUUGGCGAAGGCUGGAAAAUUGAAGACAUCAGAGCUAUGUGUGGGGUUCUGCCGACCCCACCGGAUAAAAAGCUUCCUGAGCGUGAAUCUCUUGGUGCCAUGGAAAUCCCAGAUAGCUUUGAUGCUCGUAAGCAAUGGCCAGAUUGCCCAAGCAUAAAUGAAAUCAGGGACCAAGGWUCCUGUGGUAGUUGCUGGGCCUUUGGAGCAGUUGAAGCCAUGACAGACCGUACUUGCAUUCACUCAAAUGCCAAAGUCAAACCGCACAUUUCAGCAGAAGACCUUUUAAGCUGUUGUGAUUCUUGUGGAAUGGGAUGUAAUGGUGGAUUUCCAGAGUCUGCUUGGGAUUACUGGAAGAACACUGGUCUUGUAACUGGUGGACAAUGGAACACACAUCAAGGAUGCCAACCUUACCAAAUCAAGGCAUGCGACCACCAUGUGAAAGGCCAUCUUCAACCAUGCACUGGAAUCCAGCCCACUCCCCAAUGUCGCCAUAAAUGUGAAGCAGGUUACAAUGUCUCUUAUUCUGAUGACAAGCACUUUGGACGGUCGGCAUACAGUGUCCAAAGUGAGGUCAGUGAAAUCCAGAAGGAAAUCAUGACUAAUGGCCCAGUUGAGGGUGCUUUCACAGUUUAUGCUGAUUUCCCAUCUUACAAGAGUGGUGUUUACAAACAUGUUUCCGGCGGAGCACUAGGUGGCCAUGCUAUCAGGAUUCUUGGUUGGGGUAAUGAAAAUGAUAUGGAUUAUUGGUUGGUUGCUAACUCUUGGAAUASUGACUGGGGUGACAAAGGAUACUUCAAGAUUCUAAGGGGUCAUGAUGAAUGUGGUAUUGAAUCUGGUAUUGUUGGUGGAAUGCCAAAACUGGACUAAUGCAUUAUAAUAAAUCAAUUGUUUAGGAUAAAUUGCUGAAUGCAUGUGUCAGCUUCGAAACCCAAUAGAUUUUGUCAAAUCAUAUUUUUGUGAGACAAUAAAGUGUAUUUUUCCAGAAA